GAUGGACGCUUGACAUUUUUUCCAGGAAAUCAGACAGUGGAUUUACCUUCCAUAAAUUUUAUGAAAAGAUAUGGCACUACCUUUCUCAAUGCCUAUACCAAUUCUCCUAUUUGUUGUCCUUCUCGUGCAGCUAUGUGGAGUGGCCUUUUCACUCAUAUAACAGAAUCUUGGAAUAACUUCAAAGGUCUAGAUCCAGGUUAUGUAACGUGGAUGGAUCUCAUGCAGAAACAUGGCUACCACACACAGAAGUUUGGGAAAUUGGACUAUACUUCUGGACAUCAUUCAGUAAGUAACCGUGUGGAAGCUUGGACGAGGGAUGUUGACUUCCUACUCCGACAAGAAGGGAGACCCAUGGUAAAACUUACUGGUGAUAGGAAGCAGGUUAGAGUGAUGGAAACAGAUUGGUGGAAUACUGAUAAAGCAGUAAAAUGGAUAAAGGAAGAAGCUGUUAACCUUACUCAACCAUUUGUCCUUUACUUGGGACUAAAUUUGCCACACCCAUAUCCAUCACCCUAUGCAGGAGAAAAUUUUGGAUCCUCUACAUUUUUAACAUCACCCUAUUGGCUAGAAAAGGUAAAUUUUGAAGCUAUUAAAAUACCCAAGUGGUCUUCUCUUUCAGAGAUGCAUCCAGUAGACUAUUACUCAUCAUACACCAAGAACUGCACAGGAGAGUUUACAACGGAAGAAGUGAGAAAUAUUAGAGCAUUUUAUUAUGCAAUGUGUGCAGAGACAGAUGCCAUGUUGGGUGAGAUUAUUUCAGCUCUGGGAGAUACUGGGCUUCUUAGAAGAACAAUCAUUAUAUUCACUGCAGAUCAUGGAGAACUUGCGAUGGAACACCGUCAGUUCUAUAAAAUGAGCAUGUAUGAAGGAAGUUCCCAUGUUCCUCUUUUAGCGAUGGGGCCAGGUGUAAAUGAACAGCAGCAAAUACCAAAUGUAGUAUCUCUUGUGGAUAUAUAUCCCACUAUGCUUGACAUAGCAAGAAUUCCUGUCCCACAGAACCUCAGUGGAUAUUCUCUUAUACCACUGCUGCGUGAAAAGGCUGAGACAGAAGUGUUGCCCAGAGGACCUCGGCCCUCAUGGGUGCUGAGUGAGUUCCAUGGGUGCAACGUGAAUGCUUCUGCAUAUAUGCUGCGAAGUGGCAAAUGGAAAUACAUCGCGUACUCAGAUGGCCAUUCAGUUCUGCCGCAGUUGUUUGACCUUACUUCCGAUCCAGAUGAGCUAAAAAAUGUUGCCACGGAAUUCCCAGGAGUUGUGCAUUCCUUGGACAAAAUACUCCGCUCUAUAGUAAACUAUCCAAAGGUUUCUUCUUCUGUUCAGGAGUAUAACAAACAACAGUUUAUCAGCUGGAAACAAAGUUUGGGUCAGAAUUACUCUAGCACUAUUGCAAACCUUAGGUGGCAUCAAGACUGGUUAAAGGAACAAAAGAAAUACGAGACUGCAAUUGACAAGUGGCUUGUGCUUAGAGGCAACAAAGCACUUCCAAAUGCACAGGGAAGAGGCAGCUCUUCUGAAACACAGAAAACAAGCCUGAAAACAUCUGUAAGCAGCAUAAAGAAGAGUAAAUGCAGAAAAUGUGGGAAAAGUGCAGAGGAGGAGGCUGAUCUUAAAGAACAGGAUAAUUGUUUGCCCAAAGUUCGUGAGUGGAGUUUUCAAGUGU